UUUCAGUUUCGAAUUUUAGUUUCAUAAUGAAGGUCGUCGUUUUAGCACUCGCGCUUUUUGUCGCAUCAGUUUCUGCUGAUACCUUUGACAUUGAUUGGAGUAAUGUAAAACCAAUCACACAAUUUCCUGAAUUCUGGGAUAACAAACCAGCAGAAUUGAGACCAUCGGCGAGUUAUUUCGAAAAGUUUGAGAAUGACAGAAGAUCAGGACGAAUUGUUGGUGGGCAAAUUGCAGAACCACAUCAAUUCCCCUAUCAAGUAGCUUUGUUGAUCACCUUUGCCGGUGGAACUGGUUUAUGUGGUGGAUCUAUUCUCAGUUCACGUACAAUUUUAACAGCUGCCCAUUGCAUUGAUGGCGCAUCAAGUGGAACGGUCAUUCUUGGAGCUCAUAACAGAUUAGUCAAUGAACCAAAUCAAGUUCGAGUUGCUAUUUCCGAUCCAAGUUUAUUCAUCAUGCAUCCAGAUUGGGAUCCUUCACUCAUCAGAAAUGAUAUUGGAGUGAUUCAUUUGCCAACAGCUGUAACUUUGAAUGCCUUCAUCCGACCCGCUAUUUUGCCGCUAACUAGUGACAUCAACAACAGUUUUGCUGGUGAACUUGGAGUUGUCAGUGGCUGGGGAGUGUUCAGUGAUGCCAUUGGUCAAGCAUCUGAUGUCUUACGAUAUGUUUAUGACAACGUCAUGACCAACACUGCAUGUUCAAUUCGUUUCCCAGGCGUCAUUCAACCCUCAAACAUUUGUGUCACUGGUACAAAUGGUCGUGGAGCUUGUUCAGGUGAUUCUGGCGGUCCAUUGACAGUUCAUCGUGGUGGAGAAUCAAUGCAAGUUGGUGUCGUCAGCUUUGGAUUGGCAUUAGGUUGCGAACGUUCAUGGCCAAGUGCCUUCGUUCGUGUCACUUCAUUCCUUCCUUGGAUCCAACAGAAUUUGUUUUUAUUUUGUCAUCGAAUCGUCGAGACUUGAACUUGAGAAAAAUAAUUUAAGUAACUGCAAUGGAGAGAAUGUUGUUCAUUGUUUUGUCUGCUGUUUUAGUGAUUGCACAAGCAGAUAACAUUGAUAUAGACUGGUCAAGAGUUAAACCACUUGAAAGUUAUGCAGAGUUCUGGAAGGGAAAAUCUUUUCAACCUCCAUCAAGUUUUUUCGAGAAAGAAAACAUCGAAGGAAGAGUUAUUGGUGGCGUCACGCCAGGUCGUCAUGAUUUUCCUUUCAUGGUUGCUCUUAUCUCUCAAAUGCCAUUUGGUGACGCACUUUGUGGUGCUACACUCAUAUCUCGAUGGUCGGUUUUAACUUCAGCUCAUUGUGUUUACGGUUCAUCAAGCACGGUGGUAAUUUUAGGUGGAUCAAAUAUUGAGAAUCCCGACGAACCAUUUCAAGCAAGAAUCAGAGUUCAAUCGUCGAAUUACAUUUUUCAUCCUUUCUUUCGCGAGGGAAUAUUCAACAGUGAUCUUGCAAUCGUGCGGUUUGAUUUUCCUAUUCAUGUCUUUACUCAAGCGGUGCGUGCUGUUAAACUUCCUGAUGCUUCCAUGAUCGAUGAUUUGUUUGCUAAUGUCAACGUAAUCAUGAUGGGAUUUGGAAAAGAUUCGGACAGUGCUGAUAGAUACACCCAGAGGCUGCGUUACGUUGAAGCAAUGACUAUGAGUAACUUAGCGUGUUCAAUUCGUUACACAGGCAGAAUUGAUAGCACGCACAUUUGCACAAGUGGACUUUUGUCAACUGGAAUUUGUCAUGGUGAUACUGGUACACCUCUUGUUAUUAAUGUUGCUGGUGAACUUGUGCAGAUUGGCGUUGCAAGCUUUUUCUCUGAACUAGGAUGUCAAGUUGGUUAUCCAAGCGUCUACGCAAGAAUUACAUCGUUCAUGUCAUGGAUUGAACAAAACGCUGAAUAAAGUUUCUUUGAUUGAUAAACAAAA